AUGGCUGGCAAAGAUAAACAGCCAGCUUCAGAGGAGCAACACGGCUACGAGUUCUUCGGCCCUCCUGGCGCCUUUGUCAUCUCGUUCUUCCUCCCCAUCCUCGUAUACGUCUUCAACUUCGUCUGCAACGACAUCUCAGGCUGCCCCGCGCCGUCUCUGCUUCACCCCAAGACCCUGUCGCUCGAUGCCUUGAAACACGAAGUCGGAUGGCCCAGCAAUGGCGUCGCUGGCCUGGUCAGCUGGAAGGGAACCGCCGCUGUGAUCGGAUACAACGUCCUCUCGCUGAUCCUCUACCGUGUUCUCCCCGCGGUUGAAGUUGAGGGUACCGAGUUGCGCUCUGGAGGAAAACUCAAGUACCGAUUUAACACUUUGUACUCUAGCACUUUCACCCUGGCCGUCCUUGCCGCUGGAACCGCUGCUCAGGGUGCCGAGUUUCCGAUCUGGACCUUUAUGUCGGAGAACUUCAUCCAGAUCCUUUCCGCCAACAUCAUCUACUCCUACCUCGUGUCCACCUUUGUCUACGUUCGAAGCUUUAGCGUCAAGCCCGGAAAUAAGGAGAACCGUGAGCUUGCUGCUGGAGGCCACUCUGGAAACAUGCUGUAUGAUUGGUUCAUCGGUCGUGAACUGAACCCCCGUAUUUCGAUCCCUCUCAUCGGCGAGGUUGACAUUAAGGAGUUCCUUGAGCUUCGACCUGGAAUGAUGGGCUGGAUUAUUAUGAACUGUUCGUGGUGCGCCCAGCAGUAUCGCAACUAUGGCUUCGUGACCGAUAGCUCUAUCCUCAUCACCGCUGUUCAGGCCCUGUAUGUCUUCGACUCUUGGUGGAAUGAGCCUGCGAUCUUGACCACCAUGGAUAUCACCACCGACGGCUUCGGGAUGAUGUUGGCCUUUGGCGAUAUUGUCUGGGUGCCAUAUGUCUACUCGCUGCAGACCCGAUAUCUCUCCGUUCACCCUGUCUCCCUCGGCCCUCUCGGCCUAGCUGGUAUGCUGGGUCUCAUCGGUCUUGGCUUCUACAUCUUCCGCUCAGCCAACAACGAGAAGAACCGCUUCCGCACCAACCCCGACGACCCCAGAAUCUCUCACCUCAAGUACAUCCAGACCCAGAAGGGCAGCAAGCUCCUCACGACAGGCUGGUGGGGAAUCGCCCGUCACAUCAACUACCUGGGCGAUUGGAUCCAGUCGUGGCCCUAUUGUCUCCCUACCGGUCUCGCCGGCUACCAGAUCCUCAGCGCCGGGACUCAUGCCGAGGGCGCUUGGGUUAUGCAAGACGGUCGAGAGGUUAUCCAGGGCGAAGCUAAGGGAUGGGGCAUGCUCAUCACCUACUUCUACAUCCUGUACUUUGCUAUCCUCCUCGUUCACCGCGAGAGACGUGACGACGACAAGUGCCACCGCAAGUACGGCAAGGACUGGGAGGAGUACCGCAAGAUUGUUCGAUACCGAAUCAUCCCUGGUAUCUACUGA